CUCAGAUCUGAAUCCGGCAGGACACCGUGGGGAUGUGGUAGGACAGGGGGACUGGCAGCAUGGAUGUGCGGCCGGCGCAUCUGAAGAAAGGACGUGAUGAGACCAGAACGGACCAGAAUCCCGAGGGACUGUUUCCAGCAUGUUGUGGGAUCGGUGCCACUAAGAACUGGGAACUGUUUUGAGCGCAAAGGCAGGCCCCGCCGGGUUUUAGCAGAGGACACAAAAAUUGAGAAAUGAGACGAGUCUGUUUUCUGUUGUCCCAAAGUUUAAAGACCACAAGCUCGUCGGUGACGUUACCGUAAGUGUUCGUGUGCGGCUCAAAAGGAGGAAGCGAAAAUGCUGUAUUUCCGCUGCAGCAGCGACAACGGGCACGUCAAAAAAAAAAAAAAAAAGAAAAUGUGGGCAGUGAGGACGAACUGAGGCCGGAGAAGGACCUUCGAACUACACACAUCUCCUUCUCAGAGCUCUGUUGCCAGGCAGGAGUUAUUAUUUAAAGUUCCCCACCGAAGAUUUGACAGUUUAAGGGUCGUUUCGAGGUUAACUCGCCGCCGUGCUUUUGUGGUGGUUCGCUUUGAGGAAGCAGCAGCUCGGCUAGCCAGCUGAAUUAGCUAGCCCGCUAAGAGAUGGGGACGAGAGCCAGUCGCUUACAGGAAGACCCGGUUCCCCCUGCUUUCGGAAAAGAUGGCACAAAGCGGGAUUCCUACCGGCGACCCCGCCUUACCAGGCCCACAAGUCUCAUGGUCGACUUCUCCGGGAGCUUCGAGGACACGGAGGCCAACCGGAGCCGAUCGGAGGAAGGUAGCGACUCGGACCUCGGGCAGCAUGGGGCGAGUGCCGACGGUAGCCCCGCGGACCACCACAGCAUCCCCUCCAACAUUAGCCAAGCGUCACCCGCGGACGACAACAACAGCGAGGGGAAACCAGAGGAAGACGGGAAUGUGAGCCCGGAGGCUCCCGUCGACGCGGAACAUCAGCCCGGAGAGGAGACAGGCCGCACGCCCCACCGCACUUUUUCCGAGCGGCUGCCCGGGAAUCGGCACUCUUCCGCCCGCAGCGUUGGCGCAAGAUCCGCCCGCGUCCGGGGGACACACCAGCGGCCAGUGUCAGAGGCUUGGAUCGGCCUUUACCGUGUUAACAACCGCCAUGGCAAUAUCCGCUGUCCUUUCUGCUCGAAGCCUUUCCCGGGGGGUCGGAUUGAGGAUCACCUGUUGAGCUGCCUCACGUCUCCUCCCUUACCUUACAAUACGGAUGUGCUCAGUAAAGAUAGUGGGGAGUGCUCCAUCUGUUUGGAGGAUCUGGUACAGGGAGAGACCAUCGCCAGGCUGGCUUGCCUCUGCGUCUACCAUAAGAGCUGCAUUGAUUCCUGGUCCAAGGUGAAGCCCUGCUGCCCUGAACAUCCCUUCGAUUGACUUACGGGUCACAUGUUUUCUGCACAGUGACCAAGCUGACUCAGGAGACUACACUGAAUCCCAAUAAAAUCCCAGUAAAGAUGUGUUAUUGAACAAAUAAAAGCCCCCCCACCCAUAUUUGAGUGGAAAACCAAUGAUCCUAAGAGGAAGCUACAGUUAGCGACACCCAGCGCUCUCCAUGUGAAUCAGUCCGUUUGAGCCUGGUCCAGACCAUUUCAAGCCAAACGCCAACCAAAAAAAACAACCAUCAAACAAACAAAACAAAACAAAAAAAAAAAAGCAGCUGCUCCGUCUAAUCUGUGGUCAAGACCCUUGUUGGAACAGAAAUGGAGGCGUUCGCUUUCUAUUUCAUGGACUUGGCUUGAAUACGGAGAACAUUUAAAAAAAAAAAAAAAUAAAAAAAAAAUAAAGUCAAAUAGAUAUUAUCAUCCCAGAACGAUGGAACUCGCCCCAGAAAGAUUCUUGAACUUGGGGAGGAACGCAAAAAAAGUCGUCUUAACUGUGACUCUGGAUCCAAUGUGUAUUCUUCUCCCUCCGAACGGGAUCGGUCAUUUUAUCAAGUAUUUUGCAAAAAGAGUAUUGUCCCUUUUCAUGCAUCGGAUGAAUGUCUUCUUUCCUCGGCUCACCCUAAAUGAACCAACCUCACACUGAAAGCACGAACUGUUACCACAUUAACGUUGCUUUAUUUUGAACUAGCUGGAGGUUGAGGGCUUGUUUUUGGUGAAUGGGGGGCUGCCGCUACUAGGUGUUUUCUGUUUUCUCUUACCUGUAAACAUUUCAGGGGAAGUUUGGGGGUCAAUUGUUUCUCUCAGUAGGUCAGUUUCUUGUAGGUGGUUAGUUAGCGCCGAGUUUAACGUGCUGCUACUUGGUGAGUGUUUUGGAAGGUUGUAGGUAUUUCAUAGGGCCAUAGUAGCACUGGUGUUGGCACCGAUUUGAGCACUUUUGUCCCUCAAG